GAAGAAAUAAUGAAGGAACUGACUCAAGUUCGAUUUGAGGUUAAAAUUCUCAUGGAGAACAAAACAUUGGCCAGAGCCAAGAGCUGUGCUGAGCUGUACAAAUCCGGCCAAAGGAUCAGCGGUGUUUACACAAUCGACCCAGAUGGUUCAGGUGCCUUUAAUGUAUAUUGUGACCAAAAAACAGCCGGUGGGGGCUGGGUAGUGAUUCAAAAGAGACUUGGUGGCUCCGUUGAUUUUAACCGCACUUGGAAUGACUACAAACAUGGCUUCGGUAACUUGGUUGGUGAAUUUUGGCUUGGCCUGGACAAGAUACAGCGCCUGACACGAAACGAGACAUAUAAUAAGCUUCGAGUUGAUCUGGGAGUAACUACUGGCAAAACUGUUCACGCUGAGUAUGGCUGGUUCGGGAUUGGGAACGAGAUGGCUAAGUACCAACUGCAUAUUAGCAAUUUUACAAGUGAGACGGUUUCCUCUGAUUCCCUUAGUCCUCACAAAGAUUUCGAUUUUGGUACCUGGGAUAAAUAUUCUGCAGAUUGUGCCCCAAAAACAGGCGGAGGAUGGUGGCAUGGCAACAGCUGUGAUCAAGCUAUUUCGUCAAAUCUCAACGGAAUUUAUCCGCGUUGUGGAAGUGAAGCAAAGGCCGAUAUCCACUGGGGAGGAUUAGUUCCAGGCAUUGCCAAGGGCAGCGCUCCCACAUCAACUGAAAUGAAAAUUAGACCAGUGGAUUUUUUUUAAACUUUCAGACGUACAAGUAAACACCCUAUAAGUAAAUAGUGAAUCUCGAGUGUUCUGAUUGGACGCCUUCGGAGGUGAUAAGUUACCUUGCUUUUACUACGAUUGUGACUUGCUGAUUAGUGAUAACGCGGCCUUCAGUUGCUUGAAUUUUAAUUAAUGAAUUCCGUCGGGGAAACACCAUCGCUAACUGCUUCCCUCGCGUCCAGACAACAAAUGCAGAUAUUUGCAUUUAUUGUGACGUUGAUCCUAUUUUAAUUUCUAUCCAUUGUUUUGGUUUAUAAUACUUUAUGAACCAUGAUUUUAAACUGCCACAUUUCAAAAAUUAGUUCGCUUGCUGUUGAACUUAAACCCAAAGAUCUCUUCAUUCAGUUUUCUAAUAUCUUACUCUGCAGUUUAUGCACUUGAUUAAGUCUACAUGGAUAAAAUCUACAUCUGUCCAAUACAUAUCGUUUUGAAACAUUAGGAAGUAGUCUACACGACAAGAAAAAGAUCGUCUACUUUGUUUC